AUGAAAGCUAUCUGGGCUACUCUACUUGUCGCAGCCUCGUUCGCCCUGUCCAGCCCUGUCGCCGAGGCUGCCCCAAAAGCUGAUCCGGGUGGUUACGGCGAUUAUGGAGACUACGGAGGAUAUGGAAAAUACGGCGAUUACGGAAAAUACAAACCACCGACGCCGCCAAAGGGAGGAUACGGGGAUUAUAAGACAUACCCACCACCAGCGGGAGGCUAUGGCGAUUAUGGAAAGUAUCCGCGGGAAGAGGUGCCCAAGUAA